AUUACCGGGAAGACACUGACAGAGGAUUUCUAAAAUGGCGACAUCUUUAGGAGCUAACACUUACAAUAGACAAAAUUGGGAAGACGCGGAUUUCCCYAUUCUCUGCCAGACAUGUCUUGGAGAGAAUCCUUAUAUUCGAAUGACCAAGGAGAAGUAUGGCAAGGAGUGCAAGAUAUGUGCCAGACCAUUCACUGUGUUCCGAUGGUGUCCUGGGACCCGCAUGCGCUUCAAGAAGACAGAGGCGUGCCAGACGUGCAGCAAGAUAAAGAAUGUCUGUCAGACCUGCCUACUGGAUCUAGAGUAUGGCUUGCCAAUACAGGUCCGAGACACUGGUCUGUCAAUCAAGGACGACGUGCCAAAAUCAGAUGUCAACAAGGAAUACUACACACAGAACAUGGAAAGAGAGAUAGGGAACUCUGAUGGUACCCGGCCGGUGGGUCUCCUGGGUAAGGCCCCCAGCUCUAGUGACAUGCUGCUGAAGCUAGCCCGCACCACGCCUUACUACAAGAGGAACAGACCACACAUCUGCUCCUUCUGGGUGAAGGGAGAGUGUAAGAGAGGAGAGGAGUGUCCUUACAGGCAUGAGAAGCCWACUGAUCCAGACGAUCCCCUGGCAGACCAGAACAUUAAGGACCGUUACUAUGGUAUCAACGACCCUGUGGCUGACAAGCUGCUGAAGAGAGCCUCCACCAUGCCGAGACUGGACACUCCAGAGGACAAAUCCAUCACUACACUGUACGUGGGGGGGCUCGGAGACUCCAUCACAGACUCUGAGCUCAGGAACCAUUUUUACCAGUUUGGGGAGAUCCGAACCACCACCAUCGUUCAGAGGCAGCAGUGUGCCUUCAUCCAGUUUGCCACCCGUCAGGCUGCAGAGUUAGCUGCUGAGAAAUCCUUYAACAAGCUCAUUAUCAACGGUCGCAGACUCAACGUCAAAUGGGGCAGGUCCCAGGGAGAGGGGGGAAGGAGGGACGGGAGAGGGGGGAAGGACGGAAGGGGAGAAGGGCUGACUGAGAUGGGGCUGAAGCUAGAGCCUGUACCUGGAUUGCCUGGAGCUCUACCUCCACCGCCUGUGGAUGAAGACACCCCUACCAACUACUUCAACCUGGGCCCAAACUCAGCUCCUCCUGUCAUGAACAUCAGUCUACCCCCACCCCCUGGUGUGGCUAUGCCCCCCCCUCCAGGCUUUGGGCCACCCAUGUUCCACUCCAUGGACCCCAUGGGGAUGCCCCCUCCCAUGGGCAUGAGGCCCCCUGGUCAUGUCCACUACCCCUCCCAGGAUCCACAGCGCAUGGGUGCACACGCCAGCCGUCACGGAGGCUCCUAGACCCUCGUACCUCACGGUUUAUGAUUAACAUCGUGAUAAUUUGACCAAUUUCGCCCUAUUAAUAACCGACACAGUGACUAUAGUCACAGUUCACAGAUGUGAGAUGCUUCUUUUAUAUAAGCGUAAUGGAGAAGAACCUCUGUUUUGUGCACCAGCAAGGUCUUGCUCGUUAGGAAACUGGAGUGCUGAACAGUAUAGUUUUAAAUGAUUCGUUAUACCUUCCUCCAUCGAACCUACAGGUAACUGCCAAAAUAAAGGAAACAAAGUGUCUUAAUAGGGCGUUGGGCCACCACAAGCCAGAACCGCUUCAAUGCGCCUUGGCAUAGAACUCUACAAGCGUCUGGAACUUUAUUGGAGGGAUGCGACACCCAUUCUUCCACAAGAAAUUCAUUCAUUUGGUGUUUUGUUGAUGGUGGUGGAAAACG